UUCGCAGACAAUAAAACUGAACAAAAUAGUAAUCCAAAUUAUCGACAGACCCAACUUCUCUUUGAUCUCAUCAAAUUAUAAAACUGAAAAAAGAAAAUUUACAAAAACCGAUGCCGGCCGGCGAGCUACGCUAUUCUCCUCCGCCAACUCCACAGGCAACAAAUGACUCAAUCACAACCCACGAAGACGAGGGAUGGGUGUGGGCGCAGAUUAAAGCGGAGGCUCGGCGAGACGCGGAGUCAGAGCCAGCAUUAGCUAGCUACCUCUAUUCAACGAUUCUGUCUCACUCUUCCCUUGAGCGGUCUCUCUCUUUCCAUUUAGGGAACAAGCUUUGCUCAUCUACGCUUCUAUCUACUCUUUUAUAUGAUCUUUUUCUCAAUACUUUCUCUUCCGAUUCUUCUCUUCGUGCUGCUGCUGUCGCUGAUCUUAGGGCUGCUCGUGUUCGCGACCCUGCUUGCGUUUCGUUCUCUCAUUGCCUUCUUAAUUAUAAAGGGUUCUUGGCUUGCCAGGCUCAUCGAGUUGCUCACAAGUUGUGGACCGAGGCACGCAGGCCAUUGGCACUGGCUUUACACUCUCGAAUAUCUGAUGUUUUUGCUGUUGAUAUACAUCCAGCAGCAAAGAUUGGGAAGGGGGUAUUGUUUGAUCAUGCAACUGGUGUUGUCAUUGGUGAAACAGCAGUGGUUGGGAAUAAUGUGUCAAUUUUGCACCAUGUUACACUUGGAGGAACAGGGAAAGCAUGCGGUGAUCGACAUCCCAAAAUUGGAGACGGAGUGUUGAUUGGAGCAGGCGCGACAAUUUUAGGAAAUGUUAAGAUUGGGGAAGGAGCAAAGGUUGGGGCUGGCUCAGUGGUGCUGAUUGAUGUUCCCCCUCGAACUACAGCAGUGGGAAACCCUGCAAGGUUGGUGGGUGGAAAGGAAACACCUGCAAAGCAUGAGGAAUGUCCUGGAGAAUCCAUGGACCAUACUUCUUUUAUCUCAGAGUGGUCAGAUUAUAUCAUUUGAUACGCUGCUGGGCUUAUAUUGUGCUACAUAUGGGUUAUAACUUUAUACUAUGCUGUGUAUUACCAAAUUAUGCGGUGCUUGGUUGGCUUAGAUAGAUUUGGGUCAGCACGAGAAAUGUUAAGCUAACAUUUUAUAUAGUUACUGUUUGUAUUGAGCAAUAAAACUCAUCAGAAACUAAUCUCAUUAAGCAAUAAACUGUAUUUUGAGUUAAAAGGAGGAAUUUAAUUCCUUUUCCUUUCUGGCAAA